UUGUGAUCCAAACACUUAUCCGUUUUGAGCCGAAACAACUGUAGCCAGACUGAUCGAUAGACGACAACAACCAUCAUGGGAGAAAUGGCAGAAUUCACGGAUAAAUUUAGCUCUUUCACCAUGACGCAGUUAAACGAGUUGCUUGAAGACGAUGAAAAGUUAAAUUCUAUUGUCAAAGAAAUGGACGAGAUGUGUGAGGUGCAGCAGGUGAAGGAGCUGACCCUGGUCAGUAACAUCAGUCUGGCAGAACAGAACCUCCAACUGCAGCCCAGUCUGGACCUUCAGAAGAACCAGCUCACCUCACGCUACCGCCACCUACAGGAGCUCUACGAUAACUACCAGCUACGCAAGUCCACACUCUACCAUGGUUCAGGGAACAGCUCUCUGGACAUUCUGCUGGCUCUGCUGCAAGCUGAGGGAGCCAAGAUAGAAGAGGAGACUGAGAACAUGGCAGACUCGUUCCUGGAUGGAGAGCUGCCUCUGGACUGCUUUAUCGACGACUACCAGCGGAGGCGCCAUCUUGCUCACAUGCGCCGUGUAAAGAUCGACAAACUCAGAGAGCUGGUGCUGAAGGGUCUCACUAGACCCCAGCAGACCCCCACCCAGCCCAGCCGACCCCAGGACUUCCCCUCUACUCCCUCCCCCUACACCAAUGGAGCUCUCUCCCCCCAAUCUACACAAGCUGCCCCUCAGCACAGUGGCCUGUCCUACCCAGUCGCCCCCUAUCCCGCCAUGUCUUUCCCCAGCCUGACUCCUACAGGCUACCCCAGCAGCCCCUACAUUCCCCAGCCCUACCCUCAAGUCCCCCAGCAACACCCCACCUCCCCCUCCCCAUGCCUGCCCCCCCGAACUGGCUUCAUCAUGCAGUGAGGGGAGGGGGGGGGGGGGUCUAACACCAUGGAUGAUGACCCUACCUACCUUUGACCUGUGGAACACUGGAGGGGGAGCGUUGACCCAACAAUGAGUGUUGGUGACCUAACCAAUGACCGCCCCUGUCAGUAACACACAGGGAAAACUCCUGAGAGGCUCCCUGCUCCCUCAGAGACUCAGUCCAGUAGCUACAGCCUGGACGGUACGUUAGGGGUUGGUUCUCUUUUAGGUUUUUAUUCCAAGACUAGCUUUCUGAUUCAUCUUCUGAAGACAUAGGAAAAUCUAACUCUGUCUGACUGGUAUAUAUGCUGUGUAUCAGCUGUGGUAACUUGCAGUGUGGAUGAGAGAUAUAGUUGUUUUUGUAAGCUAAAGGUUUUUAAAUUUCCCCUCUCUGUGACUGAAGGUGGUGUCUUCCUGUGCGCACACAUGCGAGUAUGCGUGAAGUUGUGUAACUCCAAGGUCGGGGGGAGGUGGUGGUGUCAUAACAUAGUUAACGCUAAAGUUCAUAUUCUUCUAAAGGAAGGAGUCUGGUAUCGUCAUAAAUAUAGCUAGUCCAUGAACAACUACUCAACAAAUAGAUUUCAAUUCAAUGUAUUACAAUGGCAUAUAAAUGUAUUGAAAUCUACUAUUAGGUGCUUUCCUAUUCAUUGGUGGAGGUUCUUUCCAGCAGGUAGGAUGCAAGUCUAGGUGUAAGAAGUUAUUAUGGGAACAGAAGGCUAGGAAUAUACUGUGCUAUUUUAUAAGGAAAAAAACAUUUAGUGGUGGAUUUGAAUGACCUGCCAAAGAUGUUCUCAUCUUUCCUACUACCCACUUGGCGCUUUAUUUUAGUGAUUGUUUUGUAUACCGGUAUAAGAGGUAGUUCUACCCCACCUAACUGGAAGAUGGAUAUGUAGAUUAGAUUAAAUCUUAUGGAAAGAUAACCAUGCAUCCUAAAUUCAGUCGAAGUUGUCAUGUGGGGAAAAGAGAUUUACAGCUGGCUGUACAUCUACAGUGGGCUUUUCCCAUUUGUGCUCACACAAGAGCUCACCUCAAGGAAAAUGCACAUGGGGGUUCAAAAAUGAAAUGGUGCUGGAGAAACAUUUAAAAUACGAACUACUUCAGUCGUCCCUGGUACUGUACAUCUGAUCUACACUCCAUAGGAACGAACAUUCAUGUUGUAAUGCUAGACUAACAGACUGGUUGACUUCCCCACUUUCCAUCCGAAUCAAUAAAUGUUUUAUAACCAAUA